UCACCCUCAACGUUCAACUUUCAAACCCAGCCUUUGACUGAUUCUCCAAAUUUCUUCUUCUUCUUCUUCUUCUUCUUUUUCUUCUUCUAGAUUUAGCUUCAGCCAUGUCGUGCUCCGUUGCUCUCUCCAACUCUCCGGUCUUCUCUCCGUCGUCUUCCCUCUUCUGCAACAAGCCUUCCGUCAUCACUUCCUCGCCGGAAUCGCUAUCUCUCUCCUUGUCCCACCUCAAGCCUUCUGCAUCCGCUUCGUCCUCUUCUUCGCCUUCUUCUCCUUCAUCGCCUUUCCGCCUCCGCCUCCUCAAGCCUCCCCCUCCUCCUUCCUCAAGCCUUUCCAAUUCCGCCUCCGCCCCCGCUCCUUCCUCUUCCACCUCGCCUAACGGUACCGUCUUGAAGAGGAAGAGGCCCACAAGGCUUGAUAUUCCGGUCUCGUCUCUCACUUUUGGGGUUCCGGCAACGCCGUCUGCUUCGGUGGCUCGAGAUGCUUUAGAGGCUGAGGGAUUUGGGUUUUCUGUGUAUUGUAAGAGAGGAAGGCGAGAGUACAUGGAAGAUCGUUAUUCUGCUGCCGUCAAUCUUCAAGGGCAAUCCAAACAGGCUUUCUUUGGCAUAUUUGAUGGGCACGGAGGUUCAAAAGCUGCUGAAUUUGCUGCACGUAACUUAGAAAAGAACGUCAUGGAUGAAGUGGUAAGAAGAGAUGAAGAUGACAUAGAGGAGGCAGUGAAACAUGGGUACCUGAACACUGAUUCUGAUUUCUUAAAAGAGGAUGUUCAUGGUGGCUCCUGCUGUGUAACAGCACUGAUCAGGAACGGAAACCUUGUUGUUUCUAACGCCGGCGAUUGCCGUGCUGUUAUUAGCCGAGGAGGCGUUGCAGAGGCCCUCACAUCUGAUCACAGGCCCUCAAGGGAAGAUGAGAAAGACAGAAUUGAGACCACUGGUGGCUAUGUUGAUUUAUGCCACGGGGUCUGGAGGAUCCAGGGAUCUCUAGCCGUUUCUAGAGGAAUUGGAGAUCGGUACAUGAAGCAAUGGGUGAUAGCUGAACCUGAGACUAAAGUUCUCAGGAUUGAACCUGAACAUGACUUGUUGAUAUUAGCUUCAGAUGGAUUGUGGGAUAAGGUUACUAAUCAAGAAGCUGUGGAUAUUGCUCGUCCUCUUUGCAUUAGGGGUAGCAACAUAGCACGUCCAUUGAUGGCCUGUAAGAAGCUUGUAGAUUUGUCCGUUUCACGAGGUUCAAGUGAUGACAUAAGUGUUAUGCUAGUAAAAUUGGAACACUUUAUUUAAAGAGUUUCUUUUUUGUUUUUUGUUUUGGAGUCAAGAGGUGAAGAAAUUCAUCUGGGCUACGUUCCAUUGGGGAUUUUUAUUCUCUGACUGGAAGAAGCUUUAAAUAAGAAAGGUUGGAUUAUUCUGCAGAAGAAUUUGGUGACGAAGAUGGUGAAGGCGGCGAUGAAGGAGGAAGGUGGUGAUCUGAUGUUAUUUGUUAUUAUUAUUAUUAGAUAGCUAAAUUCUUUUUGUAAAUAUCUGACCAUAUUUUUUGUAAUUUUUUCUACUCCUUAGAGGGAUGAGAUUUAAUUUAACAAUAUUAUAACUUGGAUUAAAUUUUCAUAUUGUUGACCGAUAAUAAGCACCUAAUGUGAUUCAUUUUAUUC